AUUCGCCCCCCCCACCCCCCCAUUCACGAGAUUAACACUGUCCUUCCUCGUGAACCGCCCCCCUUCCGGCCUCUUCAGAGUUUUCCAUAAAUAGAGGAGGAGGAGCUGCUCUGUGUUUGUUUGUGUGAACGUCUGUUAAACGUAAUUGACGGUUUCAUGGAGGUGGAGAGAGUGCAGGCGGUGGCGUCCGCGCUUAUGAAGGGGGAGACCAUCCCCGCCGACUUCAUCCGGCCGGAGCUGGAGCGCCCCGCCAUCACCACCCACAAGGGCCCGGCCCCCGACAUCCCCACCGUCGACCUGAGCCUGCCCGACCGCGAGUCCGUGGUGCGGGCCAUCGCCGACGCCAGCGAGGAGUGGGGGAUCUUCCAGGUGGUGAACCACGGGAUCCCCGCGGAGCUCAUCUCCCGCCUGCAGGCGGCCGGGAAGCACUUCUUCGACCUCCCCCCCGAGGAGAAGGAGGCCUACGCCAAGCCCCCCGGGUCCCAGUCCGUCGAGGGCUACGGCACCCGGGUCUCCAAGGACGUCAACGGCAAGCGGACGUGGAACGACCACCUCUUCCACAAGGUCUGGCCUCCUUCCACCAUCAACUACCGCUUCUGGCCCACGAACCCCCCAAACUACAGGGAGGUGAAUGAGGAGUAUACCAAGUGCAUGAGGGAGGUGGCGGACAAGCUGUUCCGCUGCCUCUCCCUGGGGCUUGGCCUGGAGGAGACCGCCAUGAAGGAGGCGGUCGGCGGGGAAGAGCUUCAUUACAACCUCAAGAUCAACUACUACCCGCCCUGCCCCCGCCCCGACCUCGCCCUGGGGGUGGCCGCCCACACCGACCUGUCCACGCUCACCAUCCUUGUGCCCAACGACGUCCCGGGCCUCCAGGUCCUCAAGGACGGCCGCUGGAUUGACGCCAAGUACAUCCCCAACGCCCUCAUCAUCCACAUCGGCGACCAGAUUGAGAUCCUGAGCAAUGGACUCUACAAGUCAGUACUGCACAGGAGCACGGUGAACAAGGAGAAGGCGAGAAUGUCGUGGCCGGUGUUCUUGGAGCCGCCGGAAGAGUGGGUGGUCGGGCCUCUGCCUCAGCUGCUCUGCCCGGAGAAUCCCCCGAAAUACAAGGCCAAGAAGUUCAAGGAUUACAUGCACUGCAAACUCAACAAGCUUCCCCAGUGAAACUCCCUCGGCGAGAUCAUCCUCCCUCUACUCAAUCACGAGGAAAAAACUACUUUUGUUUGCUUUCGAACGCCGUGGUCGCCCAUUUCUGCACUUAGAAUUUAUUUUCCAAUGUCCUCUAUUGCGUUAGUUCUAUUUUGAGUUGUGUUUGACAUCUCAAUCGAUAAUAAUGUGUUUACGCUA